UCUACACACAAAAUGGAAAAGGAUAGUGUUGAAGGCACACAUUAUUGGGAAACUAUGUUCCUCCAAGCUGAUGAACUUGAUAGUAAUUAUUUGGGUGAAGCAUUUUCUGCACACUAUGAUUUGAGCUCUCCUGUUGAAAAGCAGUCAUCAAUGACCACCAAAAACAAUAUUAUUUCCGAGAGGAAUAGAAGGAAGAAACUCACUGAAAAGUUAUAUGCACUGAGAUCAGUGGUUCCCAACAUUACAAAGAUGGAUAAAGAAUCCAUAAUCAGGGAUGCCAUGGAGUAUAUCAACAAAUUACAUGAAGAAGAGAAGAAAAUUCAAGCCGAAAUAUCAGAUAUGGAAUCUGCAGGAAGUUCAUCAAAAAGUACAGUUUUUGAGUUUGAUCAAGAGGAAAUCUUUAAGUCAAAGAGAAUAAGAACUGAUCAGGAGCGUUUCCAUAAUUUCAGAGGGUCAAGAUCAUCUCCCAUUGAAGUUAUCCAGUUAAGAGUAUCCAGCAUGGGAGAGAAGACAGUUAUAAUCAGCCUCACAUGUAGCAAAAGAACAGAUACAAUGGUAAAGCUUAAUGAAAUGUUUGAAUCUUUGAACCUAAAAAUCGUUACUGCAAACAUCACUGCUUUCUCUGAUAGCAUUUCGAAGACAAUAUUUAUCCAGGUCAUCUCUCUCUCU